GUUUCAGCAGUCCAAUUUGCCCAGUAGAACCGUGAUCAUAAACAGGUUAUAACUUGUCUAACCUUCACCGAAGUCAGUUCCAGCUUGCUUCAGUCGCAGGUCUCUGUACGACACGCAUAACAGUUAAGCAUGGCUGAACCCGCGAAGGAUCUUUCCGGCUUCGAGAUCACUGGAGAAAUGGACGAAGAGGAACAAGGCAUGCUAAGAAGCCUGGCCGCUGCCAGUGGUGCGGAUAAAGCUGAUGUAUUGAAAGAGAUUCAAAACUAUGCUGCAGAAAACUUGGAGGCAUGGAAGAAUCAGAAGGUUUGCGUGGGCGUCGUGGGUGACCCCGGAGCGGGAAAGAGCACCUUCAUCAACUCCAUCCGCGGGCUGAGGCCGAAGGACCCUGGUGCAGCUAAGGUCGACGUAAAGGAAGGUACUAAAGUCGUCACCGAAUACCCCCAUCCAGAUCGCCCGGAUAACCUCAUCUUCGUCGACUUUCCCGGCGUUCUCCUGAAGAAAGGAAGUGGUGACCAGCGCGACUUCGACAUCCAACAGUACCUCAACGAGCAUGGGGAGAAGAUGGAGCAAUGCCACGUGUUCCUGGUGUUCAGCAGCGGCCGCAUCCAGCACAACGCCGUGCAGAUCGGGAUGAAGGCCCGGGAGAUGAGGAAGAAGGUUCUCUUCGUCAGGUCACAGUUCGACCUAGAUGUGAUGAAGAGGAGAAACGACGACCCAGAGUACUUCAGAGGCAAUACCGAGGCCGACCUGAUGAAGGAACUCCGCCAAGACUACAUCAAGGUCCUGAAGGACGUUGGAUGGGGGAAAGAGGUCAACCCUCGAGAUGUAUUCAUCAUCAGUGGCCUGCUGGACAGCGUGCUGAAUGGGUCCUGGGACAUCCCCAAGUUCCGGAAGGCCAUGAUCGGAGAUCUGAGCACUCUUCAAAAGCUGAUCGUCAUCAACACCUGCCGGGACUUCUCCAAAGAGACCAUCAAGGAGAGGGGAGACAUCUUCAGAAAGCGCGCGUGGUUCGUUGCGAUGGCAACAACAGCGGGCUCCUUUGUUCCAUUUGCUGGUGUUGCUUCUAUGCCGGCUACCUUCGCUACCGCGUACUUUCUGUACAAAAGAGGGUUCUGCCUCACAGACGCUCGCGUGGAACAGCUCGCCAAGAUGGCCGGCAAGAGCCCGGAGGAUCUCAAGGCGUUCUUGUCUACUAAGCUGCUGGGCAAACCGAAGUUAGAAAAGGGUGAGGAUGAGGUUAAGCUUGUUGUCGAGCUUAUUUUUGGUGGAUUAGGCAUGGUAACUGCCAUUGUUGUUGACCAGGUAGUAGAUGUGGCCGUUCCUGUGAUUGGCGCUGCUAUCACAGCCCCAUUGUCCUAUGGCAUAACAGUCAAAGUCCUGCACACAUUGAUUUCGCUCAUGGAGAAGAGCGCCGGCGAGCUGUUUGAUUAUGCCCUCAAGGAAAGUGAAGUGUGAAAGUUCCUUGAAGUGUUCUGUGAAACCCGCAUAUUAGGGCUGCUUGCAGAAUGGCUUUGAAGCGUUAAUUACACGAGGCGCGGACAGGCAAAUAUUGUCGGCAGGUGGUUGUUUCUUGUUUUAGAAAUAGGGUUACAAUUUGUUCAAGAUAACUUAUCGAACGCCAUAUGUAUAAGCUACUCAAGAGCAUGAUGAUGAUUUUAAUACCGUGAUGAUGAAGCCAUUAACUUGGUAAUGAUCUUUAGAGUCAAAGAUACUUUGAUACAUGAAAAUGUUACAUUUCACCCCAUGAUGAGUGAGUUUCCACUCUUUUCAUCAAAGUCCAUACAUUACUUCAUGUUUCUCUAGAGAGUGAAUUUUUUUUUCUAAUUGCUUUAAAGUAAUUCAAUUCUAAGAUUGCUUUAUUCUGGAUAAGCUGUAUUCCUGUAAUGUCUUAUUUUAGGGCAAAACCAGAACCUAGUCUCAAUACGAUGACAUUCUUUUUCUUAGGAUCUAGACGGUAAUUUCAAGUUGUGUGGCAUUGAUCUGUCAAGUGGUUUCUGUGGACUUACUUUUGUGCUGAAUAGAAGGCUUGCAAUCUUGUCUUGUGUAUUGUAUCGAUUUGAGCACACAUGAAAGAAUGAAUGGUUUGAAUGAUGGACUUUUGAUAUUUAAAGAGUUUUAUUCACAUGUCAUGUGGAAGGUUGGCCUCGACUUCCAUCCGCUCACAAUUACCUUACUUGAUGCAGUCACAGUAAAGCGUGUUAAAACUGCCUCACUUGCACCACGACAUUCCUGUCCAUUAUAGUGAACUUUGGAAAUAAUCGUUUAACUUCAUCGUGUUAAAGCUCAACAUUCAUCAAUUAAGACUGAAUAGUAAAUUGAAAACCUUUUGGACAUAACGUUCAUCCUCCGUAAAUCUAUCUGUUUAUGUUGUCAACUGGUGACACGACAGCACUGAAGGCAUGUUUGGCAUUUGUGUGUUUAUUGGUCGCGACGACAAACAAGAAAAUAGCUGGACAAACAGUAACUUUUGACCGAAGCCCACAAUGAGCCAACAAAGAGCCGACCACGGCAUGGUCAAAGUCCUCCGGCUGAUGGGCUAGUGCUGAAGAUUGGACACUCUGGCAAAACGUUUUAGAAUGUAUGUCUGGAAUUUUAUAUUGAAUGAUUGUACCUUCCUGUUUUAAUCUAUGUGAUAAGAAUUUUGUAUUAUGUUGCCAAUGAGUCUAAGAUGAAUGAAUUGUUAAAGAACCACA